UUUGAGCAUAGAAACAAAAUCUUCCACUGUGCUUUCUAUUACUCACUUGUUCUUUUCCAAUCUUAUUUUUUUCAAAUAACAAAGUAGUAUUCAAGAGUUUUUUACUUUUUAUUUUACUCAAAGUAGUAUUUAAGAGUUAUAUCAUAGUGUUUUUGGUCUAUUAAGAGGUUCAAAUGGGUAUAACAGAAGCAUUUUCCAAAUUUGUAGUUGAAUUUUUACAAACAUUCAAAAACUCACCACCAAACUCAAUGCCUCAUCAUGAUCACCUUGAUCAAAAUCAUCAACAAAAUAUGCUCAAGCUCGACGAAAGGAUGAUUCGAGCUCUUGUUACUGUCUUCGGAAUGGAAACAAAUGGAAGAAUCAAGAAGGAAAAUGCUAGGCAAGUGGUGGAGAAGCUUGGUUUGAUCUAUGGUUCUGAUCACAAGGAAAACAAGGCUUUUCAAGAUGAUGAUGAAGAAGAAGUGGUUGUUGAAGAGGUGCUUGGUGAAUUGGAAGAUAUGUCAAAGAGAAGUGAGUUAUUGCUUGAAGCUUUCAAAAUAUUUGAUGAGGAUGGUGAUGGAUAUAUAGAUGCAAUGGAGUUGAAGAGAGUGCUUGAUUGCUUGGGUUUGGAUAAAGGUUGGGAUAUGAAUACAAUUGAAAGGAUGGUUAAGGUUGUUGAUUUGAACUUUGAUGGAAAAGUUGAUUUUGGUGAGUUUGAAUUGAUGAUGGGAUAAUACUUUACCAGUUUGUUCAUUCCUUGAUUUUAGAAUGUAAUAAUAAUUAUUGAUCCCUCAACUGUAAACUAUUAAAUUAAGUUAAAUUAAAUUGUUUUGAUUUAUCACA